AUGAACAUGUCGAGAUCGUUUCUUGUUGAUUCGUUAAUCAACAACACACCUAGAGACUUAAAUCCAAGAUAUGUGCCACCGAAUUUUAGUGAAAGACCAAUGUUGCCUUACCAUCAAAACUACAUCAGCAGUUACCUGUUCUCGCUGAGUUUGGCCCAGCAACAUCACUCCAGCCAGAUUUUUACUCCACAUAAGGCACCGAUCAGGCCCGUCGCCUCCCAUCCGAGGAUAAUACCACCAAAAAGGGAACUUCCUUCGCCGAAAAGGUUGUCUCCUAUUUUACCCGAAAAACCAGUUUCGCCAAAAACACCGCCACAGAGUCGAGAUUCUACUCCUACGCCUGAAGAACGUUUAACACCGUCUAGCAAGGAUAUGUCGAGUAAGAGGAUCAGAACAGCUUUUACUAGCACUCAAUUGUUGGAGUUGGAGAGGGAGUUUUCGUCGAACAUGUACUUGUCGAGACUUAGAAGAAUCGAAAUUGCUACGUGUUUGCGUCUUAGCGAGAAGCAGGUGAAGAUUUGGUUCCAGAACCGGAGGGUCAAGUACAAGAAAGAGGAUUUACCGGCAGCUAGUGGGAAGGCUCUAGCGAGUGCGAAAUGUUGCUGUUUAAGAACGUGCUCUUCCACUAAGAAAACAAAAGUCGGAAGGAAUUCCUGUGAUGAAGACAUUGAUGUUACUAAUGUAGAUGACGGCCACUGUCAUUAA